AUGAGCAGCAACAAGAUUAAUAAAUGGGGUUUUAUUGAAAUUGAAAAUUUAUGGAGAGGAAAAGAUAAUGUAUCUUCACUCAAUCGUAAUGCUGAAAAGGCAUGUGAGGAUUUGAUAAACCAACCGCAACAUAUAUCAAGGCGAUUCGAUAAUUUUAAUGCUGAACAAGUUGCAACAAAUCGUCUUCGGUUAAGAGCUCACAUACUUGUGGUGCGAUUGCUUGCACUCCAAGAGAUUCCGUUUAGAGGCCACGAUGAGAAAUCUAGUUCGUCCAAUCGUGGCAAUUUUUUUGAAUUUUUGGAUGUGCUGGCCAUGGAGAAUGACGAACUUUCAAAGGCAAUUGUGAAAGCUCCCAAAAAUGCCAAAUAUACAAGUCAUGAUAUUCAAAAACAAAUACUUUAUGUGUUUUCAGUGAGAUUGAAAAAUGCAAUUCGUGAAGAAAUUGGAGUUGCCAAGUAUUGCAUUAUUAUUGAUGAAACCCGUGAUGAGUCAAAAAAAGAGCAAAUGUCUAUUGUGUUGCGGUUUGUGGACACUAAUGGAUUCAUUCAAGAACGUUUUUUUUGGCUUGCUCAUGUUUCCGAUACUGCAGCUUUGACUUUAAAGAACGCAAUAUAUUCUGCUUUGGCUCAUUACAAUUUGGAUGUUCAAAAUAUUAGAGGUCAAGGUUAUGAUGGGGCCAGUAAUAUAAGGGGUGAAUUCAAUGGAUUGCAAGCUUUGAUUAUGAAAGAUUGUAAGAUUGCUUACUAUGUUCAUUGCUUUGCUCAUCGGCUACAGUUGGCUCUUCGUAAUGAUGAAUUGAAGAAAGCUCACACGGAUGACAUUGCCCAUUUGAUUUCUAUUAAUGAACUCGAGACAAUGCCUGGACUUAAUCAGAUCGGCACUUUACAACAAGCUGCUGAUACGCGUUGGAGUUCUCAUUUCAGAUCAUUAUCAAGUUUGAUCAGGAUGUUCAGUGCAACAUGUGCGGUGUUGCUCAAAGUUAUGGAGGAUGAGCUUCCUUCCCAACGAGCCGAUGCAACAUCUGUUUAUGAUGAAAUGACUUCGUUCGAUUUUGUAUUUAUCUUACAUCUAAUGAGUGAGAUUAUGGGGAUCACAGAUUUUCUUUGCCAGACUUUACAAAGGAAGUCUCAAGACAUUUCGAAUGCAAUGGAGCUUGUGUCAUCUACAAAAAGAUUACUACAAGAGUUAAGGGAUGACAAGUAG